AUGGAUGAUACUCUUAAAACCUCACUUAUAACUGAAGAGGAGGACUCCACUAGUGAAGUUUUAGAUGAAGAAAUAAAAUUGCAGUCUCUUAAUUCCAGCGAAGACUCUACUGCUCUUGUUCCACUGGUGGUAGAAUCUUCAAAACCCCCUGAUACUGUUGCACAGGAUAAGAUCUCGCAUAUAACUGACACAGAAAUGUUGCUGGACGAAGGCCCAUCUGAUGAAAAGGGACACACUGAAGAGAAACUGCCCCUAGUUUCAAGAAAGAAAGCGCAUUUUGGAAGUUCAGACAAUGUAGCUACCAUCCCAAAUGAAGAACGAUCCGACAGUGGUUUUCCAAACUCUGUGAUAGCUGAAUUUUCUGAGGAAUCAAUCUCUGAAAAUUUAUCACCCAACACUACUUCUUCAUUGGAAGACCAGGGUGACGAAGGGGUGCCUGAGCCCCAGGAAACGUCUACAGCUCUUUCUCAGAGCUCUUUGAUAGAGGUUGAACUUGAAGAUGUGCCAUUUUCACAGAAUGCAGGACAGAAAAACCAGUCAGAGGAGCAGUCCGAAGCGUCUUCUGAGCAGCUGGAUCAGUUUGCGCAGUCAGCAGAAAAAACUGUGGAUAGCAGCUCAGAGGAAAUAGAAGUGGAAGUGCCUGUGGUAGACAGGCGGAAUUUAAGAAGAAAGGCCAAAGGGCAUAAAGGACCUGCGAAGAAGAAAGCCAAGCUGACAUGAAUGAAGAAGAUAUGCAGAUGAUAAACCCUCUUCUUUGUAAUGUAAUUGUUGUUUUUAAAA